AUGCAGUGGCAGUUUGAUUUCCGGUUGUCUCCCUUUACUGGUCCAGCAUUAUUCGAUAUUCAUCUGAAAAAAGAAAGACACGCGUAUGAAGUUAGCCUACAGGAAAUAGCCGCCUUUUAUUAUGCAUCUAAUGAAGGCGCAAAGACCUCGUCAUUUAUACAUGGCAGUGUUCUACUUGGAACUCACGCGAAACCCUUAAUUCCCGGAACAGACUGCCCGGAAACCGCCACGUUUAUUAAUACUACCUUUAUGGUGGAGAAGUCGGAUGAACCCUUUGUAGCGCAGCGGUCCAUGUGCAUCUUUGAACAAUAUACGGGAACUCCUUUAAGAAGACACAUAGCUUAUGCUACAACAGAAGGAGGCUUCUAUGAAGGCAUGGCGGACUCGUCUUUAGUCAUGCGCACCAUACUGGCCAUUGCUAACAACGAUUACAUAAUAGAUUAUAUCUUUCACCAAAACGGAAUUCUGGAAACCAAGGAUCUUGUUAUCUGGAUUACAAUGGGAAUGUACCAUAUACCGCACACAGAAGACCUACCAUUAACAUCUACACACUGUACAUCUUUGUAUAAACGAAUAGGUUGUGCCUAA